CCCAGCAACAACAUGCUGUACCCCAAGGAGGACAAGGAGAACCGGAUCCUGCUUUAUGCCUGCCGCAACUGCGACUACCAGCAAGAGGCCGACAACAGCUGCAUCUACGUCAACAAGAUCACCCACGAAGUGGACGAGCUCACGCAGAUAAUCGCCGACGUCUCCCAGGACCCCACACUGCCCCGCACUGAGGACCACCCCUGCCAGAAGUGA